UGCUGCUCUGCAGAGGCAGAAUCUUUUUGGAUCUGAGACGAUUGAAGUGGAUUUCUGUGAGCAGCGUGAAGAUGAGGACACUCUGGAUUCAGAUGGUUGCAGUCUGUGUUUUCCUGCAGAUGCCAGGUUGUUUCCCAGCAUGCAUCGUUGUGGGCUCAGUGGCCCGCUGUGGCCUUUCAACCCUCAGCCAGGUCCCUCCUCUGCCUCCCAGCAUCACCCACCUGUUCCUGGAGGUGAACCGCAUCCGUGAGAUCAACGCCACCUCGCUGUCCGGCCUGGAGGAGCUCCAGGAACUGGACCUCGGACACCAGCUGGUCCCGCUCCUCAUCAGGAACAACGCCUUCAUCAGACAGAAGCGCCUGAGGAGGCUGGUGCUCGGCUCCAACAGCCGGCUCCUGCUGGAACCGCUGGCCUUCGCUGGACUCUCCAGCUUGCAGAAUCUCCAGCUGAACAACUGCAAGCGUAAUGACUCCAUCCUGACGGACAACUAUCUGGAGCCGCUUUCCUCUUUGCAGACUCUCAACCUCUUUGGCAACCACAUCAAGAAACUUCAGCCUGCGAUGUUCUUUGCAAACAUGACUAAAUUGGAAAAUCUGAAUCUCAUGCUGAACAGCAUUGACAAAAUCUGUGAGCCGGAUCUGGCUGGUUUCAGAGGAAAGCACUUCAAGAUCUUGAACCUGAGCUCUGUCUUCCCAAGGGCGAUGCUGAGUCACAGCUUCGACUGGCAGAAAUGUGGGAACCCUUUCAGAGGAACGUCUUUUGAGACGCUCGACCUGUCCGAUAACGGGCUUGGCCCCGAUAAGUUGAAGAUGUUCUUCAAAGCCAUCGAAGGGACGAAGAUAUCCCACCUUAAGCUCUCGGGGCACAUGGGGAAAUCGUUUUCAUUCGACAACCUCCCAGAUCCAGACGUCAGCACGUUCGAAGGCCUGAGGAACAGCUCCGUCCUGUCUUUGGAUUUAUCUAAAAACUUCAUCUUUGCUCUGCAGCAAGGGGUUUUUAGUCCGCUGAGCGAAGCCGCAGCCAUCGAUGUUUCCCAAAACCGCGUGAACCAGAUACACAAGAACGCCUUCGAAGGUCUUCAGGGUCAUCUAAAGGUGCUCAACCUGUCGCACAACCUGCUCGGGGAAAUCCACUCCUACACAUUUGCCCACCUCGCACACUUGGAAGUCUUGGAUUUGUCUCACAAUCACAUCGGGGUUUUGGGUUCCCGCUCGUUCGCCGAGCUCCCCCACCUGAAAUCCUUACACCUGGGCGACAACGCCUUGAGGCAAAUAGGCUUCCCCGCGUCCCUACCGAGUUUGGAGCGUCUAGAUUUAAACGACAACAAGCUCACGGCUUCGCACGUGGUGGCCAACGAUCUGACUCGGUUCGCGGGCAGCGUCAAACAUCUGAACGUUCAGGACAACCGGCUGACGAACCUGGGGGACGUCAAUACGCUUUGGGGCGAGCUGAAACACCUGCGGACGCUGUUCUACGGCGGGAACGCCAUCGGGCGGUGCUUCCUCAACCGGUACGUUCGCCCAAACCACGUGAAGUUCCUGGAUCUUCACAGCAGCUCCCUGCAGUCCAUUUGGGCGGAGAGGAACUGCCUGAAUCUGUUCGACAGCUUUGGGAACGUAACCAGCCUCAACCUGAGCUUCAACGGUCUGCGCUCUCUUCCUCGAGGCGUCUUCAGGGGCCUCACCUCCGUGGUGCGGAUGGACCUCUCGUCUAACUCCCUGACCUACGUCGAGCCCGGCGUUUUACCCAAAACUUUAAAAUCUCUCCACCUGUCCAACAACUUCAUAGCCUCCCCCGAUCCCGCUGCUUUCAGCUCCCUCAGCUUCCUGGACCUCUCCAUGAACGGGUUCUGCUGCGACUCGAACCUGCAGAACUUCCUGACGUGGCUGAAACACACCAACGUGACGUUUCUGAGUCCAGUCCAGGAGCUUAGAUGUGCGUUUCCUGCUGGUUUCCACAACGUGCCGCUGCUGCAUUACUCUGCAGCAGCUGGAGCCGCUCUGCACGGAAAUGAAAGAUGGAAAGAGGUUUGACUUUUCUUCAAGGUUCUCCUCCCAAACGUCUGAGAGGAUGGUCGGUGCAACGCUGCUGAACAGUCACACUAUUAGUUUGCAUUUUUACAAACUUUUCUUCUGCUACUUUUCAUUUUUCUGAACGCUCAGCUUGAUCGAGAAUGUGACCUUUAGUAUUUUUAUCUUUUAUACUUUUUGAUGUUUUUACCUUUAUUUACAAAUCUUUGCC